UACCAGAUGGUGUCUCCCGUUUCUUUCUGCAUUUGCUAUCUUUUAAAUAAUGUAUGUUGUAUUGUUAAUUAAUGUGAAUAUCAAAUUAAACACUCGAAACUUACAUAUUUAUGAUGCAGGUAGGAGGCAAAGUGGUACCUAUUUUUAACUUGGAGGCACUCCGUGGGGUGCAAACUACUUGGGUCUCAAAUUUGUAUUUUCAGGGCAGGUCUCAGUGGUUUGAUUUUCAACAAAUGUGAUGGUGGCUCUUGCAGUGGUCAGCUCCGGGCUUUGAACUCUCAGAGGAGGGGCGUGGGGGGAUUGAAUACACCAUGUUUUGGUUGCAGCCUCAGAGAAACCUUGGAUGAAAUACUUCUUUUUUUUUUUUUCCAAUCCUGUUUUCUGUUGAUAAAUUCCGUUCUUGUGAGUGCAGUACCUUCAAGCUGUUCUGCGUAUGAUUUUUUUUUUUUGAGUGUGACAAUUGCAUCUAAAACUUGUGAGCCAGAAGACGAGAAAUCAGUUGGUCUCCAUCGCUUUCCAUAAAAAUGGCUGAAUGUCUUAUGCUAGGCACUGCAUUAAGUGAUACAUACAGAUCUUGACGUGGAGGAGAUGGAGGACUCGGGACCCAGGAUUUCCAAGUGAUUUCUUCCCGCGUAUGAGAAACUCACUGGGUUAAGGCUGGUCUGCGCUCACUGAGAUGACAGUCAUGUCCCUUUCCAGGGACCUCAAGGACGCCCUGCACAGUGACACGGUGCUGUCCGUCCUGAACGAGCAGCGUAUCCGCGGCAUCCUGUGCGACGUCACCAUCAUCGUGGAGGACACCAAGUUCAAGGCGCACAGCAAUGUGCUGGCGGCCUCCAGCCUCUACUUCAAGAACAUCUUCUGGAGCCGGGCCAUCUGCAUUUCCAGCCACGUGCUGGAGCUGGACGACCUCAAGGCCGAGGUGUUCACGGAGAUCCUCAACUACAUCUACAGCUCCACGGUGGUGGUGCGGCGGCAGGAGACCGUCACGGACCUGGCGGCCGCCGGGAAGAGGCUGGGCAUCGCCUUCCUGGAGGACCUCACCGACCGCCACUUCACCAGCUCGCCCGGCCCCUACGUGUUCUGCAUCACCGAGAAGGGGGUGGUCAAAGAGGAGAAGAAUGACCGGCGGCCCGAGGAGCCGGUCGUCACCAGCGGCCCGAGGAUCACCAACGCCUUCUCCAUCGUCGAGACCGACAACAGUAACAGCAUGUUCUCGCCGCUGGACCUGCGGGCGAGUUUCAAGAAGGCGUCGGACCCCUUGCGUGUCGGCGGCGGCGGCAGCGGGGCCGGCAGCAGCCUGUACCCGGAGCGGGCGGAGGCCUGCCACGAGGCCGAGCCGGUGCGGACCCUGGCCGAGCACUCCUAUGCUGUGUCCUCAGCCACCGAGGCCUACCGAGGCCUGCCCUCCCAGGAGCCCCCCAAGCCCCCCAGCCCCCCGCCCCCACCACUGCCGCUGCCCGCGCCGCCCCCACCGGGCAAGAUGGGGCAGGAAAGCAGUGGCGAGGCCCCUCGGGCCACCAAAGCAAAACUGUGCCGAAAGCCAAAGACGCUGGCCGUGGCCCCCAACCCCGAGCCCCCUGCCGAGAACCCCCCAUCCCUUCCAGCCACCGAUGGAGCAGCACGUCCAGACCCCAGCCCCCCCAGGCCGCCACCGCCGGCUUCCGGCUUGCCCUGCCCCCAGUCUCCACAGCCGCAAGGGGAGGCGCACUGUCCCCCCGAGGAGGAGGAGAAUAAGGCCUCCGAUGUGCCCGGACCACCCCCACCGGCCACGGCCGCGGAAGUGCCGCCUCUGGUGUACAACUGCAGCUCGUGCUCCAAGUCCUUCGACAGCAGCGUGCUGCUCAGCGGCCACAUGCAGCUGCACAAGCCCACGCAGGAGCCCUUGGUGUGCAAGUACUGCAACAAGCAGUUCAGCACCGUGAACCGGCUCGACCGCCACGAGCAGAUCUGCAUGCGCUCCAGCCACCUGCCCAUGGCCGGCGGGAGCGGGAGCUUCCUGGAGAACUACCCGACCAUCGGACAGAACGGGGGGGCCUUCGCCGGCCCCGGGGCCCUGCUGGCCGAGAACCGGGUGGGUGAGUUCCCCGGCGCUGGCAGUGGCCCCGGCGGCGGUGGCGCCCUGCCGGACGAGGACCACAUGGUGAAGUUCGUCAACGGCCAAGUCCUCUACAGCUGCGUGGUGUGCAAGCGCAGCUACGUGACUCUGUCCAGCCUGCGGCGGCACGCCAACGUCCACUCCUGGAGGAGGACCUACCCCUGUCACUACUGCAACAAGGUGUUCGCCCUGGCUGAGUACCGGACGCGCCACGAGAUCUGGCACACAGGAGAGCGGCGGUACCAGUGCAUUUUCUGCCUGGAGACGUUCAUGACCUACUACAUCCUCAAGAACCACCAGAAGUCUUUCCACGCCAUCGACUACCGGCUCUCCAUCAGCAAGAAGACGGCCAACGGCGGCCUGAAGCCCAGCGUGUACCCCUAUAAACUCUACAGGCUGCUGCCCAUGAAGUGCAAGCGCGCCCCGUACAAGAGCUACCGGCACUCCGCCUACGAGAACGGCCGCGAGCACGGCCGCGGCGAGGCGGCGGGCCCCUACGUCAUCCAGACCCCGCACGCCUCCGAGCUGCCCAGCCUGAACUUCCAAGGCCACGUGGCCACGCUGGCCCAGGGCCCCGCCACCAUGCCUCUGGAGAGGUCGGCGCGCCAGGACCUGGCCACGCCCGCCGGCGUCCAACCCGGCGAGGCCACCAAGUGGGGGAAGGAGGCGCUGAAGGUGGAUCUCGACAGCCACUUCUACUCCAGCGAGCUGGCCGCGGCCCCCGCCGACCCCGCGGUCAGCUCGGACGCCCCGGCCGCCUCGGCCGCCCUGGCGGUGGGCAGCGGAGAGAACUCGGCGGCGUCGGUCAUCAGCUACGGCGGCCCGGCGCCCUCGGUCAUCGUGCACAGCAGCCAGUUCUCCUCGGUCAUCAUGCACAGCAACGCCCUGGCCGCCAGGCCCGGGGGCAGCGGCGGCGGCGGUGGCGGUGGCGGCGGCGGCAGCAGCAGCAGCAAUAGCGGGGACGGUGGGCACCGCGCAGAGCCGGCCACGGCGGGCCCGGGGCCGCGCAGAGAGGACAGCAGAGCCGAGCCCGAGAGGCCCGGGCGGGCGGCCAGCAGGCCCCGUGCACCCAAGGAGAGGAAGAAGACGCCGGCCCCCGGCAAGGGCGACGCAGCCGCGGAGCCCAGGGGCGCGGCCACCGGCCCCCCGGAGCCCGCGCGCGCCCCGGCGCCGCCCGAGCGCGGCAAGAUCGAGACGUACAUCGCCAAGCCCGCGCUGCCCGGCACGUCGGCAGACAGCAGCGUGGCGCCCCUGUGCCAGAUCACCGUGAAGAUCGGCAACGAGGCCAUCGUCAAGCGCCACAUCCUGGGCUCCAAGCUCUUCUACAAGCGCGGCCGCCGGCCCAAGUACGCGGCGCCCCCGCCGCCCCCGCCUCCGCCCGCCGAGCCGCCGCCGCCCCCGACGCCGCCGCCCGCCACGCCCCGCGACCCCGCGCCGCGCGCCCGCAGCCCCCUGGGCCUCUACCAGGCCGAGUGCGUGGAGCUGAGCGAGAUGUUCGACGAGGCCAGCGACCAGGACUCCAGCGACAAGCCCUGGCGCCCCUACUACAACUACAAGCCCAAGAAGAAGUCGCGGCAGCUGCGCAAGGUGCGGCGCGGCGGCUGGAGGAAGGAGGCGGCCGAGGCGCGCGGGGCCGGCGGCGGCGGCGGGGCCAGGGCCAGCAAGCUGCUGCUGCCCGCCGAGCUGGACUGCGCCGCGGCCAGGCCGCCCCCCGACCGGGCCCUGGAGGAGGAGGAGCCCAAGGAGAUGCCCAAGCUGCAGUGCGAGCUCUGCGACGUCGCGGGCGACAAGGCCGGCGGCGGCGGCGGCGCGGGGGGCCAGGGCGGCCAGGGCCGGCCCCACCGGCACGUCACGGCGCGGCCCUACACCUGCGAGCUGUGCGCCAAGCACUUCCAGAGCCCGUCCACGCUCAAGAUGCACAUGCGGUGCCACACGGGCGAGAAGCCCUACCCCUGCAAGACGUGCGGCCGCUGCUUCUCCAUGCAGGGCAACCUGCAGAAGCACCAGCGCAUCCACCUGGGCGUCAAGGAGUUCGUGUGCCAGUACUGCAGCAAGGCCUUCACGCUCAACGAGACCCUCAAGAUCCACCAGCGCAUCCACACGGGCGAGAAGCGCUACCACUGUCAGUUCUGCCUGCAGAGCUUCCUGUACCUCUCCACCAAGCGCAACCACGAGCAGAGGCACAUCCAGGAGCACAACGGCAAGGGUUACGCCUGCUUCCAGUGCCCCAAGAUCUGCAAGACGGCCGCCGCCCUAGGCAUGCACCAGAAGAAACAUUUGUUCAAGAGCCUGGGCCAGCAGGAGAAACUCGAGGGGGAGCCGGGCAUGCUGGAGACCCCGCUCGUGGUGGACCCCGAAGAAGAUCAGGACCAAAAGCCCCACAUACAGACCGCGGGUGAGGACGGCCCGUGAGGGCCCCCCCACCCCCCGGCUUAGGAAAAGGGGUCCGUGCUGUGGCCGUUCGUGAGUUUGGUUGGGUUUUGCUUUCUUCUCCUUCCCUCCCUCCCUCCCCUGCCCCUCUCUUUCUGUCUCUCUGUCUCAUUGAAGUUAACUAUGUGGUUGGUCGGGUGUUUUUCGUUGUUUUUUUUUUUUUCCUUUUCUUUGGUUUACAUCACAGUCAAGAGGGAGUGAAACAUCAAACGGGGUGGGGGUGGGGGAGGGAGAAUCUCAUUUGUGAAAAUUCCAGGAAAGAAAAAAAAAAAGGAUUUUUUUUUUAACCUUCUUUGGGUUAGCAUGACCUUCAUGCAAAGCACCCAAAAGCAAAAUAGCUCCAGUUUCCAGUACCCCGAGUAUCUUGUGAAAGUUGAUGAAGUUCUUAGCUGUGGUAUUUCCGCCGGGUGGGGUUGGGGGUGGGUGGGAGUGGGGUGGGGGGGUAAAGGGUGAGGGAAAAAUGUUUUGUUCUGGCCUCAUUUUAAAGCUUUUUAAUACGCGCUAAUUUGAACUGGCUGCUACACAGUCUUUAGUCACUGGAGAGAAUUGGCGUCGGGUACCCGGAAUGCGGGCGGCUUCAUCGGAACCGCAACAGAGCGGUUAAUGAGCCCUGACCGUCGUCACCCCUCCCCCCCACCGCCUCUGCACUAUCUGGAAUGGUUUUAAAUUCUUGGGUACCUACGACACACGUAACACUAGAGCUUAACACUUAGCACCCGGGAACACGAGCGGCCUGACUGGGACCCUCCGACAUUAGCUUGACCGACCUUCCUGCAGCACGAACCUUGUAAAAACACCAAAAACACACCACAUCUAUCGAAGUCCCUUUUUAAAUGAAACUGUCUGUGCCCCCCGCCCCCGUACAGACGUUAGAGUGACAGGCGGGAGGUCUCCCAGCCACGGUGACCGAGAGAGCGUGUGCGCGUGCAGUGGGAGAGCAUGUGUCUGCUUCGGGCUGGGGUGCUGGUCUCUUGGCGGGGCCCGGAGCCUUUCCAGCCACGGAACUGUAGGUCUUGCCUUAUCCGUGGGGGAGCACCUGCCCCGCAGAACCCACCCACCCCCGCCCCAAGCCCCCGUGAUGACUUGUGCUGGCCAUUCCUUUGCAGUGGCCUCAGAGAAUGAGGGAAGGUCCAUUUCUUCUGGAACCUUCCUUCCCUUCUCCUCCUCCACCUCAGUCUUUCAUUCAUCCCCAGGCCAGGGGCUUGGUGGUCUGUAAGGCGCCUCCUUGAGGGCUCAGGUCCCAGCUCGCACCUCUCAGGCCCACACGUAGGGGUGAAUCUCCAGUCUCUUGAGAGCCACCCUCCCCUCCUUCCCCCGAAACCCGUCCACCCACAAGUAUUAGGUUUCUUGGGCAUGAUGCAGCCUACGGGGACAAAGUGGUCAAAGGAAAAAGGAGAAUGGAGGGUCCCUCACCUCAGCCCCACCCAUUCAUGACAGGGGCGAGAGGUAAAGGGUGCCCUUCGCAAAGCAUAGCUUGUUUGGGGGGAGCCAGGGGGUUGUGCUGGGGGUCGGGGGAGCAGGGGGGGAUAGACUGUGGAGUGAUGACAUCCUGCUCCUCAGCCCUGCCUCGGAACCCAUUCACAAAACCUUCAUGUUUUCUUCAUGUCUGCAGACUUCUGACCCCUUGUUCGAAGCCUACGUCUAUUCUUUGGUGUUCUUGUUUGCUAAGUGACCCUGUCACUGUCACUGUCGGGGCUCUGUGUCUCUGUGUCCCCCCCCCCACCAGGUUCCUGGGGGGCUGGGACUCGUGACUCCCACUUGGGAAGUGACCAGCAUAGCGUGGGGGGAGAGACAGCACGAUGACCCUCGGUUCACCGGUGUGGUUUCCGGGUGGGAGGGGGUGCGCGCGCGUGUGUGAGGGGGCUGCCGUUCCCCCGUGUUUGUGGGAUUUGAGAACUGGAAAACCCACCGUGUCCAUGUUCUCACAGCGGAGCAACCCUGAAGACGCCCGUUUUCCUCACCACGGGGGAGGAUGUCUCUCGAAGACUUCUUGUGGAGCUGGCGGGCCGUGGGGCGCUUCAGCACUCAGCAAAGGACAUGAUCCGAGCCCCCCCCCCACUUUGAUACCGUCGUACUUGGCUGUUAAGUAACCCCAAUAUUGUAUCUGCAUUUAUCUUCUGUUCAUCUCCUUUCAUGUACACUCAGUAUUAUGUGACAGAGGGACAUGGGGACAUGCCGAGUGAAAGCCACUCUAUUUUCUACAUUGUAUAUACAGAUACCUGCACUGUUCAUUUGGGUUUUAUGUUAACACGAUAGUCACAAAAGGGCUUUUGGACACUUUUUUUUUUUUUUUAAGAUGGCUAAUUAGGAUCUUGACUGAGCGGUUCUUGUGAUCUACUCAUUUGUUUUCUCUCGAUUAGGAUUAUGAAGCAAGGAGAUUUAACUCUGUCUUUCAGCCUUUUUGAUUGAGGUCACUCCAGCCAUGAAAUUAGAUGUAGUGAUGUCUCCCAGCCCUUCCAUGUGGGUAUUUUUUAAGUGGACUUGUAUGCUGAUAAUUCUAGACCAAAGUACAUAUGGCAGAAUAUUUAUACAUGAAAAAAUAAUUUUGCAAAUAUUUUCUAUAAUUGUAUUAUCCGUUGAAAAUGUCGAUAGCUUGUGUUAGUUUCAGGGAGGGGGUGUAUAUUUUGAUAAAAAAUACUUGACUUUGUAAUUCUGUAUAUUCUAUACAAUUUAUAGCAGAGCCGUUUUAAGACAGCCUUGUCACUUUCUUUUUGUUUACUGUGCAGAUUUUAUUAUGAGUGAUGUUUAAGUAUGCAUUGACUAUAUUAACGACCAACUAGAAAUAAAGUAAGUGUAAACAGUGAACAUACUGUAUGCUGUACAAGAUAUAUUGUAACUUGCUGUUUUAGCAUCUGUAUUUUGGGUAGAAGAUAUUAUUAAAUGCAGAUGUCAAGGGUUGGAAAAGUCUACUUUUAUUUUUAGAAAUAAUGAUUUGGUUUUGCUUGAUUAAAAUAGCUUCUUCCUAUGUUAA